AUGGAACGCUGCGAACUACCUUACUCGCCAUUUCGAUCGCCGCAAGACAGGGACUUGGCCCUGAUCUUUUGGAACAGGGUGCCCUGGCGCCUUGGACCUCCAAAUGGUCAGGUAUGGGUGAGGUUCCCCGCUCGGGUAGUACGGUUAUCCGCCACGGUGCCAGACGAUGCCUCUACUUUGGCAUCAGACAUCACUCCUGAGGUAGGGAUCUGGCCCAUGAACGAGGCCCGAUCCCAAGCGUCUUCGCCCAAGUCGGAACAUGAGCUACCGCAUUGGGAAAAGUCACUGUUAGAUAUGGGCAGAUUCCGCCUCACCCGAUCUGAGUCUGAAAUCGACCAGGAAGAGAACUUGUUGUCAGCGGACUUCGUGAUGGAAGACACACCAUCGGAAUUAGACAGCAUUCGGUCAGAAGAUGACGCCAUGUCCGAAGCCAAUGGCACCUCAUCAGAGGCCGACGGUAGCAUGUCGAGGCCAGUGAUAUCUGGAAGAAGCUGGCACACCGGAGGAAUCGUUAUCAGCGGAAGUUCCGAAGAGUCACAAGGACCAGUUCAAGAAGAGAUCGAGGUCGCCGUCGGUGUUAGAGAAGCAAUUAUAGGAGAGCUUCUCGAAAUGAUAGAGGAAGAGAACGGAAUGUCUAAGAAGACCGAGGGAAAGGACAAGGGACACCCAACGGUCAAAUUUGGCGCCCUCAACAAUGACUACUUGAUGACACAAGACAACAAAAACCUUGGAGAAAGAGGAAUACGGUGGCGCCUGAGCCACCCAAACCUUUACUGGCGUCGGCGAUAUUUCAGCGAAGACAAGGAAUCCUCCACUGAGAGCGCGUCACUGGAGGAACCCACACAAGGAAAUUUGGAAACCAAAGACUCUUCUUCUGAAGCAUCUUCCUUCUACGACACGCAUCAGGCGCCAUUUUGGGGCGACUGA